AUGGAGAGGCUGCUAUAUCUUAAAGUAAAGAACGCUCUGCUGCAAGUCUUUUCAUGCUCCACAUGCUCUCGUUCCGAUGCAUCUCCAAUUUACCUCGACAAGCAUAUCAAGAGAUGCUACUAUGAAGAGUACGUGAGACUGCGAGAAUCAGGAGAGAUUAAAUAUAAGCUUCAGAUCCCCUCCAAAUGCUCCAGUCGUCAACCAACAUCAACUGAUAUUAUCCAUUCUGAUACUUCCCAUAAUGAUAUACAGAAGGAAAUUCACCACUGCUCAGAUUGUGGAAAGAGUUUUAGUUCUCAGAAUGCACUCAAGACACACCAGUGCAGUCACACAGGAGAGAAGCCGUAUCACUGCUCACAGUGUGGGAAGAGUUUUACUCAUCAGAGUAAUCUCCAACAACACCAGCGCAUUCACACAGGGGAAAAGCCGUAUCACUGCUCACAGUGUGGGAAGAGUUUUACUCAGCAAAGUAAUCUCCAAACACACCAGCGCAUUCACACAGGGGAAAAGCCAUAUCACUGCUCACAGUGUGGGAAGAGUUUUACUCACCAGAGGAAUCUCCAAACACACCAGCACAUUCACACAGGGGAAAAGCCAUAUCACUGCUCACAGUGUGGGAAGAGUUUUACUCAGCAGAGUAACCUCCAAACACACCAGCGCAUUCACACAGGGGAAAAGCCGUAUCACUGCUCACAGUGUGGGAAGAGUUUUACUCAUCAGAGUAAUCUCCAAACACACAGGCGCAUUCACACAGGAGAGAAGCCGUAUCACUGCUCACAGUGUGGGAAGAGUUUUACUCAUCAGAGUCAUCUCCAAAAACACCAGCACAUUCACACAGGAGAGAAGCCGUAUCACUGCUCACAGUGUGGGAAGAGUUUUACUUAUCAGAGUGAUCUCCGAAUACACCAGCGCAUUCACACAGGAGAGAAGCCGUAUCACUGCUCACAGUGUGGGAAGAGUUUUACUCAUCAGAGUAAUCUCCAAACACACCAGCGCAUUCACACAGGGGAAAAGCCAUAUCACUGCUCACAGUGUGGGAAGAGUUUUACUUAUCAGACUGCUCUCCAAAGACACCAGCGCAUUCACACAGGAGAGAAGCCGUAUCACUGCUCACAGUGUGGGAAGAGUUUUACUCAGCAGAGUAAUCUCCAAACACACCAGCGCAUUCACACAGGAGAGAAGCCGUAUCACUGCUCAUAGUGUGGAAAGAGUUUUACUCGUCAGAGUGAUCUCCAAAUACACCAGUGCAUUCACACAGGAGAGAAGCCGUAUCACUGCUUACAGUGUGGGAAGAGUUUUACUCAGCAGAGUAAUCUCCAGACACACCAGCGCAUUCACACAGGAGAGAAGCCGUAUCACUGCUCACAGUGUGGAAAGAGUUUUACUCAGCAGAGUAAUCUCCAGACACACCAGCGCAUUCACACAGGAGAGAAGCCGUAUCACUGCUCACAGUGUGGAAAGAUGUUUGCUUGUUUAGUUACAUUGAAGACCUUCAAGUGCACUAACUCAGAGACAUUGCAUGAUUUAAAGUUGUCAAAUUAAAUAUGGUUAUUUAAGUUUUGACUGAAAAUGACCUGUACUUUGAACUUUAUUUUUCAUGUUACACUGGUCAACAAUUUUUCAGAAGUUGUCUGCUUCAGAGAUGAAAUUGGCUAUUAUGAAAUUUGGUGUGUUGAAUUAGAAGUGACAGCUAAUCAGCUGAUUGGCUGUGGCUUCCAAGAUAUUUAAGAUUUUAAAUGUUAUACUUAUGUACAUUGUGUAGAUCGUAAUGUUUUAAAUAUAAAUUGUAAAACUAGGUCUCUUCAUGUGUUUAUGGUCGGUUUACAUGAUAUUUCACCUGUUCUCUUUAUGUAACACUAGAAAAUCAGCAAAAAGUUUAUAUAAAUAAAAUGUAUUAUGAACCAAA